GAAUUGGACAAAAUUUACAAAAACCUCACAACCUUAUCCUUCCUGGAUUACACAUGGCAAAAACCUACUGAUAAGCCUGAACACAGAUCAGGACAGAAAUUCUUUGUUGGUUUCUUCAUGCCGUGACUGAAUAAAUCAAUUCAGUUCCACCUUCAACUUCUAGUUGUAAUACUCUCCAUUUCUAAUUAUACGUAUAUAAAUGUAUAUACAUCAUACAACAUACUAGUAGCAAUUUUUCUCAAUGAAUGAGGUCCACUUAUAGUUUUAUUAUUAUUACAAAACAAGUCAGUUGGCAUAAUUCUAUAAGACAAUUUGGUGCUUUCUAAACCACACAAAAAGAUGAUCUAGACGUUUGCAUAGAUCAGGAACAGAGCUCAGGCCUUAGUAUAUAUAAGGUUCCCAAUACUAGAACUUUUUCUUCACACAAAAUUUGACCUGAAAUACCUCUUUUUAUCAUAGUGAUGUUGGAAGGGAAAGCAGUGAUUGGAGAGACAGAUAUGUUGCAGACUAUGCAACAGGAUGCGCUUGGUUUAGCCGCCAAAGCACUUGAUGUUUUCGAUGUCACAGAGGCCACAGAGAUAGCCCGAUUGAUUAAAAAGGAAUUUGAUCGGUUACAUGGAGCUGGGUGGCAAUGCAUUGUGGGGACAGAUUUUGGGUCAUUUGUAACUCAUUGUUCUGGCUGUUUCAUUCAUUUUAGUGUAGGGAGUCUUGCCAUAUUGCUCUUUAAAGGAUCUGCUGGUUUUGAUGCUGAGGCUAACCAAUUUCCAGCCAUGGAGUCUGUCAAAGCUUAGAAGUUUCUUUUCUCUUUCUUUCAUUAUGUUAUGCUCUUCUUGUAUCCCCUUGUAUUUUCAGUAGAGACUACAAGAAUAAAAAGGAAAAAAGAAAAACAGAGAAUAGUAUUAGAUUCAAA